UUCCUACCAUUCCUGCUUUCCUGAAUAAAGACAUAUGAAAAUUUUAAAAAUAAAAUAAAAAUCUUUAAUUAUUUAAAUUUUAAGAGAACUCCAGGAAAUGUGGGUAGAAUAAUUAACUUAUUUUCUCUGAAGUCAGUAAUGGCAGUGAGUUAUGGUGUAAGAGAAGAGGAAGAAACAUACUGCAAUUGUUGAGGUGUUACCAUUAACUCAAAGUGCAAACCACACCUUAACCAGACAAAAUUUACAUAUUUUCCUAAUAAACAGAAGACACAAGGGGAAAUGAAGUUUUCUACAUUUUAAAAAUUGAGUACUGGUCUUGUGGUCAGGUUUGCCACUAUUACCACUGGAUUUGAGAUUCCAAGUCACACUCUUCAAACUUAAAUAAAACGUACUUCUAAAUAUAGUCAAAGUUCUCCAGAAGCAUUUGCCUUCCUUUAUCUUAGCUCCUCAUUAGAAAAAUAUGGGUUUUGUACAUCCCCACCAUAAGAUCAUGUCUGAUUAACACCAGAACAAGGAAGAAAUUGGAUUUAACCUUUAAUUGAGGUAAAGGCUUGUUGGUUUAGCUUUAGCUUUACCUUCAAUAAUAGUAUUAUCUAGCUCUAACAAAAAAACAAAACAAAAUUAAACAAAACAAAACAAAAAAACAAACCCAAAAACACAACAGCAAAAAAAACCCCACCAAGCAAAAAAAACCCCACACCAACACACAAACCACAUGGACCUAAAUACUAAAUUUGUCCUUUUCUAAUCUAAGAUCAAGAUUAGAUUAUUGAAUCUAUAUAUCAGGAAAAUCUAGAUAUAAGUCAGCCAGAGUAAUCACUUUCAAAAAUAUUUUAUUGAAAGAGAGAGGCACCUAAAAGACAAAGAGCAGUUUUUAAUACUUCACUAUAAAUAAGCCAAAACAUUCCAUUGAUCUUCUCUACGACAUUUCUAUAGCUGGAUUUUUUUGUUUGUUCGUUUGUGCCUUCUUUGAAACGUGUAUUUUUAACACACAUACUGAAAAAAUAAAACUAUUUCCAUACAUAACUGUAACAGCCUCUGCCUGGGAUGAGAGUGAAGAUCUUUAGGUUUCUAGCACUUCACUGAAUAAGCAUCAAAGUUGUUUUAUGGGAUUUUUCCUUUUUCAGAAUUUCUUUGCUGUGUUUCCAGUAUCUAAAGAUGGGGAAAAACAAAGAAGAGCCUGUAUAUAUGCUCUGGAAAGGAUCACAUCAGCUAGCAAAUGAUAAAAACUAUAUUACUUGAUCUCUUCAGCCCUUUGUAGAAGGGAUUGUGAAGUGUAUUGUCCAAUUUUGGAAAUUCUUGAAAAGGCAAGAAAUAAUGCAGUCUUGACACCUUAAGUUCAUUUUUGCGUCAAAACCUGGGGUCAGAUCCUUAGUGAAUAAACUUUUUAAUGUGAAUAAUGAGGCGUAUCUGUUCCAAGCCAAAAUACUGACACUCCCCCCACCCCUGAAAAAAACCAAAAGAACCAUUUUUAUCCAUUAUUGCCCCUCCAAAUCCAGCUUAACAUGGUAAGGUGGAAUGCAAAAUAUCAGUGUGUAUGAAUAAAGUGGUUGAUUUCAAACCCACUGAUUAUCAAGUCUUUCAGCUCCCCCCAGAAUGACAUUCAUAAGUUGUCAGUGUGUCUUGCAAUUGCAUUUGUGAUAACUGCAAAUUAAAUUACUUUAUAAAGCAAACCAGCUAAAAGGAAAAUGUCAGAGACUAGGCUGGGCAAACCUUCAGAUAUGAAGAAUUAAAAAGACAGUCCUACCUGUUCAAAAUGCAAGAUUUAUUUGUUCUUUUUCUUUCCUUAUUUGUUCUGUGGGGGGUUUUUGUUUGUUUGUUGGGGUUUUUUGUUGGUUUUUAUUUAUUUAUUUAUUUAUUUAUUUAUUUAUUUUAAUUUGGUGCACACUGAAAGAUGCAUAUCAGCCACUAAAAACAAGGAGAAAAAUGGCAAGUAGGGUAGAAUCCUUCUGGGAUUUUAAUUUCAUAGUCACAUUUGAACUGUAUGAUUGGAUUUCUUUUUUAAUCUGACUUCUUCUUAAAAGAUAAAAGCUCAUUACAAUAUGUAAAAGGUUUUGAAACCUUUCUCUUCCAUAUACAAAAAUAGAAAAUUAGUAACAGCUCUGACUUCUGAGACAGUCAUGCAGAGAUGUGUGUCCUUAGAGAUCCAAAGACCUUGGUAAGGUUCCAGUCAGUGUUUGCUUAUUCAGAGGUGUGCUUCAUCCCCUCAGUGGGAAGUGGCCCUGGCAAUGGGCUUUUCUGAGGGGCUGAGUUCUGAGUGCUUUGUGAAAAGGGAAGUCUCUUGAAUCAAUUUCUCAUUGUAGUUCUAAAUCAAGACAUUCUCCAGUGCUGAUCUGUCCUGCUUCCCAGCCCAAACUAUGCACAGGUACCCAGGGUUUAACAAGCAUCAAAAUUAAGGUGGGCUUUGUACAAACAACCUCUGCAGCUGCAGUGGUGGAUGGGCUGGCAGCUCCCGUCGGCUCUCUUCCCUUUCUCUUACUCCAACAACCCACUGCUCUAAAUCAGACAUUGCUGGGCACCAACCAACAGGAAACCUCAUUGAAGAUUUUUUUGAUGUGUUGAACAUUCACACAUUUUCCUCUACCUGACAGAGUGCCACUUAUUAGCCAAUGUAUUGUGAACCUUUUGCUAUGGCUCCAGGUGCUGAUGGCUGGAUACAAUAUGUCUGAGAAUUUAAAAGUGAAAACAAUCAGAGACAAGAGAAAUCAGUUAGUGAGUGAAAGUCUCUGCACAUGGAGGCAUAUGAACACAGAAGGAAACACCUGAAAUUCUCUUGCUGAUACUUUCUCAAGUUGCAGGAUUAAUAUCUUCUUGUGGUUCAUAUCCUCCUAAACCAGAUGCAAAAUGAAAACGUCAUGUUCUAACUGCUUUUUCAACCAAACUUGGAACUAAAGAGCCUCAGUUUCCACACACCUGUGGCCCAAAACAUUUGCUAUGGCACGUGUUACAGCCACUCCUGUCCUGCUCAUAUUAAGCUUUUUCCAGCAUAAGACACUGUUUUCCACAAUCCUGGCAAGUGGACAAGAAGACAUAAAGGAUGCACUUAGGCUGCAUAAUGUUCUGUGGAGCACCAAGAAUGAUUCAAGAGUUAUUUUGUCCUGGAACAAUAACCUGACAGAAGAAGAAAGCAAGAAAUACUCUGUGAAGUAUAUUUUGAUUUAUAUGUUCUUCAAUACCACUAAGGAAAGGAAAGAAAGACUGCAGGAGAAGGAAAAAAUAAUACAUCUUAACUUACACUCUGGCUUUAAUGCUAAAGUUAAGACACAACUUUAUGCAAAAGAAACAGAAAACAUAAUUGAGGAGAGUGACUGGACAGAAUUUACCUACAAGGCACCUCCAGUCUACAUUCAGAAUCUUUCGUGCAUCAUCUAUAACAUUUCUUUUUUCAAUUGCACCUGGAACAUCAAACCAGAAGCUCCUGAAGAUAUCCAGAUCUUUACUUCAUAUAGACAUGUAGGAAAAGUUUUUGCAUGCCAGCAUUAUAUAAAAAAUGCAAAGAAGAAAAAUAUUGGAUUCCAUAUGAAAGAAAUACAUUUCCAACCGUCAAGGAAAAUAAAUUUAAAUAUAACUGUGAGAAAUUUGAGAAAUAGUUCAAGAGGACUGUCUUAUUACAAAGCUUUCACACCUCAGACAAUAGAGAAGCUGAACCCGCCAAUCAACGUGUCAGUUUCUCUUGAAAACAGAAGUGUUAAAAUUCACUGGAAACCUCCGCCUACUAUUGGUUCAGCAAAAAAAAAGUGUUUUUUGUACCAAGUGAAAAUAACAGAUCAUAAGAUUGUAAAUGUCACUGCAGAGAACUAUAAGUAUCCAUUUCAUAAGCCAGCAAAAAAAAGUGUAGCACAAGUGAGGGUAAAGAAAGAGGUCUGCAUAGCAAACAAGAUCUGGAGUGAAUGGAGUGAACCAGUACUUAUUCACGAUGGAAAGACAGUGGAUAUCCUGCUGCUAAGCCUCGCAUCGUUUUGUCCUCUGGUUUUCCUUGGAGGUUUGCUGGUAUAUGCAUGUAGAAGGUACAGAUGUCUGGAAGUUAUAACCACGCCUGUUCCACAUCCUUCAGAUAAUAUCAAAACAUGGUUAGCAGAUGAGACUCACCACCAGCAACAUAUGUCAAUGCAAAUGGAGAUGCACUCAGAGGUUACUCCGGGAGCACCAGAAGAGGACAGAGAUGAGAACAUUCUGCUACAGAAAUGUUUGAAGGAAUUCAUGUUAGAAGACCUAUAGAGAUGAUAUGUCUUUUUUAUCUGCAUGCAAGUGUACCUUUCCAUGAGGUGGACAAUAUUUUAACAGAUCAAAGAACAGCAACACGGGAGUUUUUCUGAGCCAAAUAACUUGAAGUACUUUGUGCUCUGACAACAUGUAACUCUUUAAAAUAGCUUUGGAUCACAAACACGAAGCAGUAUCUUGCAGUUUGAGUCUAAAAAACCUGAUCCUCAGCCUUGUAAAAUUGGAGCAUCUCAGAAAAUAUGAACAUAUUGAGGUCCACUUGGGUUAAAAUGGAAUUAGUGUUUCAUAAUGCUACAACAGCUUCCAUGUACUGUCUGAUAGAUCAAGACCUUUUGAAGAUUGGCUGUUCAUACAAAUCUCAUACUAGCUAUUCAACAUCUGAUUGAAGUGGUCAUGAGAAACAGUGGAAGCAGUAAAUGUUUCUGGAAACAGCAAGAGAACCUCAUAAAUGUUCUCUAAAACUAAAAAACCCCCAAAAACCAAAAAAACCCAAAACAAAAACCCCAAACAAACAAAAACCAACCAACCAAACAAACAAAACCCCAAAAAAACCCCAACAACAACAACAACAACAAAAUCAAUCCCUUUCUGAGUCACUGUACUGUGUAAGCACACAUCAACCAGAAAGAAGAGAUUCAUGUGAAGACAAGGUCUUUUAAUGUUGUGGACUUUACAGUUAGUAAAAUCAGUAAAAUAAGAAAACUUCAUAUGAGGUAAAGAAAACAAAGUUUUCUGCUGUACUGUGAUUUUGUAAAUAAGUUUAGCUUGGAGAAGUUAAAGUUCAGAACUGACUAAUUUUUGCUAUUUAUUUUUCCUUGUCCUUUUAAAGAAUCCUUCCUACUGAUUCCAUAAGGUGAUGAGGUAUGCUACUCCAUUUUCAGGGCGAAAUAAUAAUAAUAAUAAUCAGGGCAGAUUAUUCUAACUCUUAGUUGAGACUGUUUAUUUGACUAGAAGAGAAUGAAUUGAUUUUGCAAGGAAGACAGUUCUUUUUUGAAGGUGGGAAAUAUAAAUCAAUGAUGGACAUAAUAUUCUGCAAGGCUUGAAAGAUACCUAAAACCUACUUUUCAUCACUGGUAAUAUUUUUCUAUGUCAGAAAAAUAUUUAUUGGAAGAAAUAACAAUAUAAAUACUUUGUGCUUUU